AUGAGCAUCAACAAUCCCCUGUUCCUGCAGAGCUUUGAGGAGACGCAGCCCGAUGAGGACUUGCGAUUUCACUACAUUGUUCAUACAUCGCUUGACAUGAUCGAGGAGAAGAGUAUGGCAGCGAGUGCCGGCGCCAAGAAGCAGAAGUCGCAAUUGGACAUGUUCCUCGGGCUCCUGCACCCCCACCGAAGAGCACAACCUAUGGCUAUGUGA